UCAGCGUUCUGGAAAGCCCUCCCUUUUUUAUUUUUUUUUUGGGUGUUUUUUGUUCGCUUUCUUUCUCCAAUAACCUUAUUGGAGAGAGCCUCAUCAUCUUUUGGAGCCGGACACCAAGCGCCCUCCCAAAAACUUCUUCUCUGCUCCGGAGCUCCACCGCUCCAACCCCCCCUCUUCCCCCAGAGAAAACACUCGCCCUCCAAAACAAACUCCCUUCCUCUAUCCUGCAAAUCAUUCCCUACUCAAUAGUCGCUAAUAGAGUUCAGGAGAAUAAAUGGCUAUCGUACCUUGUGGAAGUACAUGGAUGGCUCGGUGUGGAGUUCAGCCUCAAAUAGUUGCUCGAUUCACUGUUACAAACAAACUAUCUUUGCCUCCAGAUUGUGUUGCAAGCCGGAGUAAAGUAUUGGCAUCACCAAGUUCAACCUUUUUUUCUCAACGUCCAUUGCAUGUACUUUUCAACUCAGGGUUGUGCAAGGAUUCACGUCAGAAAAGGGGAGCUCGAUUUGCAGUUAGAGCUCAACAAGAUUAUUAUUCUGUCCUCGGUGUGUCAAAAAAUGCCAGCAAAUCAGAAAUCAAAAGUGCAUAUAGGAAGCUUGCCAGAAGUUACCAUCCGGAUGUGAACAAAGAACCUGGAGCAGAACAGAAAUUCAAAGAGAUCAGCAAUGCUUAUGAGGUUUUGUCAGAUGAUGAGAAACGUUCCAUUUACGACAGGUAUGGGGAGGCAGGGCUUAAAGGUUCUAUGGGCAUGGGGGAUUUCAGCAACCCCUUUGAUCUAUUUGAGUCCUUGUUUGAUGGCCUCGGUGGUAUGGGUAUGGGUGCCAGAGGCUCUAGGAACCGGGCCACUGAAGGCGAAGACCAGGUGUACAAUCUAGUUUUAGAUUUCAAAGAAGCCAUCUUUGGGGUUGAAAAGGAGAUUGAAAUAAUGCGGCUUGAGAACUGUGGCACCUGCGAUGGGUCAGGUGCAAAACCAGGGACCAGAACUGCUAAAUGUAGUGCAUGCGGGGGCCAAGGACAGGUUGUCUCAUCUGCAAGGACCCCGCUUGGUGUGUUCCAGCAAAUAAUGCCAUGCUCUGCUUGUGGUGGUGCUGGAGAGACCUCCACGCCAUGCAACACAUGUGGCGGUGAUGGUCGUGUGAGGAAGUCGAAGCGGAUUAGCUUGAAAGUCCCUGCUGGGGUUGAUUCUGGGAGCCGGUUACGGGUUCGAUCAGAAGGUAACGCUGGAAGGAGAGGGGGACCCCCUGGGGAUCUUUUUGUUAUUAUAGAAGUUCGUCCAGAUCCUGUACUGAAGCGCGAUGAUACAAAUAUUCUCUACACUUGCAAGGUGACCUACAUUGAUGCUAUUCUGGGGACGACUCUCAAGGUCCCUACUGUAGAUGGAAUGGUUGAUCUUAAGGUUCCAUCUGGAACUCAGCCAGGGACAACCUUGGUAAUGGCGAAAAAGGGUGUGCCUUUCUUAAACAAAAGCAACAUGAGGGGUGAUCAGCUUGUCAGGGUGCAAGUUGAGAUUCCGAAGCGGCUGAGCGGAGAAGAGAGGAAGCUAAUUGAAGAACUUGCCAAUCUAAACAAGGCCAAAGCCCCCAACAGUAGAAGAUAGUGGAGGAAGAAUGGUUUUGUCCGCUGGCCAAAAGGGCCAGCACGUUUCAUCCCUCAGUUCUACGAUUGAGUUGUGAUGUUUAGGCAUUUUUUGACAUGGUUUCUUCUAUCUCAGCCAACAGGCAACCGCUUUUAGUCCUAGGGAAAAAUUUUUGGCGAUUAAAAUUUUGUAUUGUGUAUUAUACUAACGAUUAAGGAAAGGGAAAAAAAAGUUAGAGAGAGGGAUUUUCUGUUUCUUUUUACCCCUUUAUAAUGUAAGUGGACUAAUUAUUUACAUGCAGUGUAAUUUUGUGCAGUAAUUUACUAC